AUGCAUACCGAUGAUACACCUUUAGUCGACCUUUUCGAUCUAUCAAGGUCCCCCUCUCCACUUUCGACACUCAGCUCUGCCUCUACCGAUGUCAGCAUGUUCGAAGAACCAGCUGAAAUAGAGAGUAUGAUGGCCCCAAAGAACUACGUCAUGAAUUUUUGUACCAUCAGAUUCAGCAAGACAUACUAUCUAGACUUCCAAAUACCCCGGACACAUCGCGACCCAUACUUCGAUCUUACCCAGGACCCAAUUUUUUGGCCCGAGUUUUUUUACUACAAUCCGAACUAUAGUCACACUAAGAACGCUAUUCCCUACAUUCGACGCUGUCUCCGCUUGAUGUACGAAAAUACUGGGGAUGUGAGCAAUGUGCUUGCUGCUCUUGUAUUUGCUUGGACAUACGACGAUGAUUUAGCGACUGCCGGCUUUUGGGCAAGGCUCUACGAACAGAUUAUGGCAAUGUUGCCUUUCAAAAACGCAGCUGGCCAAGAGAUCGUUUACAUAGGAGGAUUUGAGAUGCCAGGCGGUGUAAGGAUAGCCUGCUGGAACAAAGCGAUGCAGGAAUUCUUUGAAGAGAAAGGUCAUUUAGGCGAGUUUGUGUAUUUUGCAGUCACUUCUAACCAUGGGUUUGAAUGGCUUCAAAGAAAGCCGGCAGAGGAAAUAUUGGAAAGGGAGCAGAUGGAGAGUGAAUGGGUAGUCGAGUUGCCAAGAAAACGAAUACUAUUGUUAGGCAGUUUGGAGGAUGAUGGGGCUGCGCUUGGAUGUGAUUAG